ACAAGCUCCCCGCAUGUUGUUGCAGCAAGCGGGGCCAACGGGACCCUGUGCUGGAAUAGCUGGAGCAUUGCAGGUGGAAGCAGAGAGGUUAUUUUCUUUCUUUAUAUGGCACUAGUGGAACCACUGCUGUGAUCCUAGGUCUAGUCCUGGUGCCCGCAAUUGAAGAAGGAUGUUGAUGAGCUGGAGAGGGGUCAGAGAAGAGCCAUGAGAAUGAUUAAAGGGCUAGAAAAGCCGUCUCAGAGUGAUAGACUCAAGAAGCUCAAUCUAUUUACCUUAACAAGAGAAGGUUAAAUGGUAACCUGAUUACAGUCUAUAAGUACCUGGGAACCAAAUAUUUAAUAAUGGGCUCUCAAUCUAGCAGUGAAAGGUAGAACAUGAGCCAAUGAAUGGAAGUUGAAGCUGCACAAAUUCAGACUGGAAAUAUUGUGUAAAUUUAUAACAAUGAAAUUAAUUAACCCUUAGAACAAUUUACCAAGGGUUGUGAUGCAUUCUCCAUUGCUGACAAUUUUUAAAUCCAGAUUUGAUAUUUCUUUAAAAGCUCUGCUCUAGGUAUUAUUUUGGGACAGGUCUCUGGCCUGUGCUAUGCAGGAGGUCAGACUAGAUGAUCACAAUGGUCUUUUGGGCCUUUGAAUCUCAUUAACAGCAUGACAGAGCAGCGAGCAUGAGUCAGGGCAGGACGUGUCAGGCCCAAUGACAGGGACGAGUGGGGAUAUGGUUCGGCUUUGUGACAUCUAGCAAGUUUCCAGCCAAAAUCCUGUUUGGAUCUCAGAAAUCACUGCUGGAUUUGUUAACAGCCACCACGUGCCAGACCAGACACAGCCGCAUUUCAAGGCUGUGCUCCCAGGGAGCUAGGCUGUCACCAACGCAGCAGCAGGACACAUCCUGGCUGGUACUCCCAAAGUGGGGUCAGCAUCCACUCAGGCUUGGGUGAGAUGGUGGGAGCCCAGCAGCUGGAGAUGGCGGAGAUGCAGCCAGCACCAAUGCCGCAGCCAGGCACCAGCGACCACCAGUAUGAGUGUCUGGAGUGUGGCAAGGUGUUCAAGUGGUCAUCGCGGCUGAUUCACCACCAGCGCACGCACACGGGUGAGCGCCCCUACAAGUGCUCCGAGUGCCCCAAGGCCUUCAAGGGUUCGUCAGCACUGCUUUACCACCAGCGCAGCCACACAGGCGAGCGCCCCUACAAGUGUGCUGACUGCGGCAAGGCCUUCAAACGCUCGUCGCUGCUGCAGAUCCACCAGAGCGUGCAUACGGGCCUGCGCGCCUUCAAGUGUGCUCUGUGCGGCAUGGCCUUCAAGUGGUCAUCACACUACCAGUACCAUGUGCGCCAGCACACAGGCGAGCGCCCCUACAAAUGCACGUUGUGUGAGAAGGCCUUCAAGAACUCAUCCAGCUUGCGACGCCACCGCAACAUCCACACGGGUGAGCGCCCCUAUGUCUGCGCCGCCUGUGGGAAGGCCUUCACCCAGUCCACCAACCUGCGGCAGCACCAGCGCAUCCACACAGGCGAGCGACCCUACCAGUGCACCGAGUGCCCCAAGACCUUCACCCACUCCUCCAAUCUGCUGUUGCACCAGCGCACCCACACCGGGGGCCGGGCCCACAAGUGUCAGGCCUGCGGCAAGGCCUUCAUCUCGGACGCCUACCUGCAGAAACACCUGCAGACACACACGGCCAAGCCACUGGCACCCUACAGCGAGGCGGAGCUGGCCUGCACGCCGGCCGAGCUCUUCCUGGCUCCGGCCGAGCCAGUAGAGACGGUGGAGAUGCUGUGGAAGUGUGGGGAAUGCGAGCUGACCUUCCCCAGCGAGGAGCUGCUGCUGGGUCACCAGCAGAGCCACCUGACUCCCGCUGCGCCCGCUGAGCUGCCCAUCCCGCCACUCUACUCCUGUGCUACCUGUGGCAAGGCCUUCAAGAAUGGCUCGGGCCUGGCACGCCACCAGCACAGCCACGUGGGCGAGCGCCCCUACAAGUGCUCCAUCUGCGAGAAGACAUUUGUGCAACUCUCCAGUCUGCUUGGGCACCAGCGCAGCCACCCGGCCGAGCAGCAGCUCAUCCAGGCUGAGGCCGAGGUCACCUGUCCCCAGACCGCAGCUGAGCCGGUCCCGCCCCCCGUGCCUCCAGAGGUGGCUGAGCGCCCCUACAAGUGCACCGAGUGCGGCAAGGCCUUCAAAGGCUCAUCGGGGCUGCGCUACCACCUGCGUGACCAUACCGGCGAGCGCCCCUAUAAGUGCUCGGAGUGUGGCAAGGCCUUCAAGCGCUCCUCACUGCUGUCCAUCCACCAGCGUGUGCACACCGGCCUGCGCGCCUUCAAGUGUGCCGAGUGUGGCCUCACCUUCAAGUGGUCGUCGCAUUACCAGUACCACUUGCGCCUGCACACAGGCGAGCGCCCCUAUGGCUGUGCCGACUGCGGCAAGGCUUUCAAGAACACCUCGUGCCUGCGGCGGCACCGCCAGCUGCACACAGGUGAGCGCCCCUUUGCCUGUCUGGUGUGCGGCAAGGCCUUCACCCAGACCUCCAAUCUGCGGCAGCACCAGCGCACCCACACAGGCGAGCGCCCUUACAGCUGCCAGGAGUGUGGCAAGAGCUUCACCCACUCCUCUAACUUGCAGCUCCACCAGCGCACGCACUCCAGUGAGCGCCCCUUCAAGUGCUCCAUCUGUGCCAAGGGCUUCGUCAUGGCCUCCUACCUGCAGCGCCACCUGCGCACCCAUGCCACCGAGGCCAAGGGGGAGGGCCCGGCCCCAGGCCUUCCUGCCCCACCUGCCACCCAGGAGGUGCACAUUGUGCCCAACCUGCAGGCCACCCUCAACCUGGAGGUGGGCACCGCCCCCAGUGCCCCCAACUCGCAGACCUUCCUGCUGGUGCAGACGGCUCAGGGGCUGCAGCUCAUCCCCAGUGUCCAGCAGAGCCCCCAGAAGCUGCUGCUUCUGCCCAGCCCACAGCUGGUGCCCACGCAGCAGAAAGUGCCCAUCCUCCAGAACACCCCCAAUUUCACACUGGUGCCCAGCAGCUCUGUGGCCCCAAGCAACCCUGCCCCGCGCCAGCAGAGCAAGGGUAGGAAGCCGGCAGCACCUGGCAACCCCCAGAACAUUAUCCUGGUGCCGGGAGGUGGGCCGGCGUUGCCCAGUGUGCAGAUCCAGGCGCUGCCAGGCACACAGCGGGCACCGGUCCUCCCGGCUGGGCAGAACAUCAUCGUGCUGCAGAACGUGGCUGAGCCACCCCCUGCAGAGGUGUCUGGUGUCCGGAUCCAGGCUCAGCCUCAGGAGGUGGCCAGCAUCCAGCUGCAGGCCCUGCCACCACCCCCUGCUGAGGCAUCCAGCAUGCAGGCUCUGCCUCAGCCCCCGGAACUGGGCAGCAUGCAGCUGCAAACCCUGGCACAGCCUCCCCCAACAGGGGGUGAGGAACAGCCCCUGCCUUGCUCCUCAGCACUUCCGGGCACGGUGGGUUCCGGGCCAGAGGUGUCUGGCCUGCAGGAGAGCCAGGACCUGCUGGUGGUGCAGAGCGGGCCAGGGGAGGAGCUGCUGGGGUCGGGUGGCGAGGUAGGUGUGCACCUGGAGACACUUCAGACAGAGGAGGGGGUGCAGAGCGUGCUGGUGCUGCGUGGCGCUGACGGUGAGCAGACCCGACUCUGCGUGCAGGAGGUGGAGAACCUGCAGGAACUGCCCCCAGACAGUGGGGUGGGGGGCCUGGCACCAUCCUCAGGGCAGAAGCUCUUCAUCAUUCGCAGCGCGCCCGGUGAGCAAACCCUGCAAGUGCUGGAGAAUGUGGGCUCUGGCAGUGGCAUGGUGCGGGGGGUGGCACCGGGUGGGCAGCCCUCCACCACCAGCACCCAGAUGGUACAGCUGCUGCCAAGCCCAGUGCCACCCCCACAGGAACUGUCCUCCAUCCAGAUCGUGCAAACGGUGCCCAGCGUGCAGCUGGUUCACACCUUCUGAGCCUCUGGCCACAGAUGCCAGCCGGAGGGUGUGCAGCUUGGGUUGGCAUCACAGAAUCUGCCAGAGCUCUUGCUCCCAGUGGGCGUCCCCCACCCCCAUUUUCCUGCCCGUGCAGCCUAGAGACAGCAGGAUGCCCCCACAUGAUGACCAUCAUGGGCAGCAAGCUGUGGGACUCGUGCAAGCAGCCUAACUCUGCUUCGCCCUCGCUAUCCUGGCUGCAGCCUCCUGGGGUGCAGGGCUGGUGUCUGUGCCGCAGUCAGAGCCACACUGGCAUCAGCUGUGCUGGGACAGGAUUGCCCAGCAGCGCUGUGAUCUAGGAAGGGCAGGGCCUGGCACAAAAGGAGUCCUUUGCCCACCCCUUGGCAGGGUCAGCGUAGUGAGCUGAGCAGGGCCCUCAUCCAUUGCCAUUUCCUGACACUCCCCCAUGUCAGGCCUAAGGACAGUGACAGAUACUCCUGUCUGCUAGUUAAAGCACAGGCCUGGGAGCCAGGAUUCCUGGGUUCCGUCCCUGGCUCUGGGAGGGGAGUGGGGUCUAGUGGUUUAAGUGUAUGUGGGGAGGGCAGGAGGGGGAAUGGUUUGGGAACUAGGACGCCGGGGUUCUCUAGGGGGCUGGGUGACCCUGAGCAAGUCCCUUCCUGGCUGUGGCGUUUUCACUGCUGUGGGCUGGGACCAGCACUCAGGGCUGGGAGGCUGAGUGCAUGAAUAAAAGUCGGGAGCUCUGCAAUCACCAGGUGAGGGGAGCAGCUGGCACUUGCCACUCCACAGGGGUGAGGGGUUCCCAUGGCUCUGGCAGGCAGAAGACUGGCAUGAGAGUAACUGCCACCUCCUGUACCCCUGUCCUGGCAACCAGGUAAUACCUGCUUCCUGAAGCCCUGGCUGCCUCUGUAGGCAGAGCACCCCCAGUCUCUUCCAGAGCCCACUGUGUAUGAUGGCGCCUGGCGCUGUCCCAGGGGGUGUGGCUCCUUCAGUCUAGAAGGCAAAUAAAUGACUGCUUCAAAA